UUCGAUGAAGGUUUCCGGGUGGACCAGCGUUUUUUUCAGUGUCAAUCUUCUUUUGUGGGUUGUCGCACUUGUUGGAGCAGCCUUAUUGUUUCGUUUACCUUUUGCUAAUAAUGAGAUUACCUUUUCAGUCAUAUCUUCGCUUUGCCAGGUGAUAAGCGCCUACGAAUUACCUCAAACAUUGGAUAUGGGAACGAGAUACAAGUUACAUGAUCUGCAAAGGGAAGAGUUCCGCGUUUUUGGAGCACCGAACACGAAUUUUGUUAAUGGAUUUUCGACGUCAAGUCAAACUUCUGGUUUGCUAAUGAGGGAAGGCAUCCGCCGCUUUGUUGAAAUAAUAGGGAAUUUGAAAAGAACAAAUUUAAUUAAACAUUUAUGCGAACCUUAUAGAAGAGGAAUCAUCCUGUUGACCUUUUCAGUUACUCUCUUUGCUUUCAGCAUUUUGUUAAUAAGUGCGUCUCUGUAUAAACCAUUUUUGGCUUACUUUUCUUCUUUUUGCGGGCUGACUGGAGUCAUCUUAAUCUUAUUUUGGAUUACUGUUGACGUCAAGCGAAAUUUCACCGAACACACGUCGCUAUCGCUUGAAUACUAUUUCUUAGUGCCUGUGCUCUUUGGCUCUAUGGCUUUUAUUUCUACCACUAUAUAUGCAAAAUUCGCUGAUAGAGCCAAGAAAGCCUCAAAAAGCACUGCAAUAUAUUAAAACCU